GUUUUCUCUCAGUGUCAGUAGUUGUUUUUCCAGCCUGGGCUUUCUACAUGUUAUUCCUGGACUAUUGAAAACUUGAAGUGCUGCUUCCCCUGCAAUACCAAAUUUAUGGAUGAGGAGACAACUUCAGCCUGCCAGUAUGUUCUUGAGGAAGAAGUGCAGAUAUGGAUCACGUAAACUGCAGUUUCUCUUGUUGUUGCUGAUGCUGGGCUUGUUGCUACUGAUGGUUACAACGCUGAAUCCGCCACCCAGCAACCAGAGCAAGGAAGGGACUUUCCAGCCUGUGGAGUUCAACCCCCGGGAAGGGUAUCAGAUGGACUUUGCGGAGACCCAAGAGAUGCUGGAGACCCAGGAGGAAAGCCAGCAGUAUUACCCUUUGGAUGGGCUAUCACCUUUCAUCUCCCUGCGGGAGGAUGAGUUGAUCGUGGCCGUUGUGUCGCCCACCGGCAAAAGAAACCACAGCAAGGCCAGGAAGGGCUAUCGCAUGGUGAAGCAGCAGGGCAGGCGGCCGGAGGCCAAGGCAGAGGGGGACCCGGAGUCCCAGCCCCUCGCCCUUCCUCUGCAGGCUGGGGAAGGGGCUGCUGCGGGGGAGCGGCCGCUCGGCCUGGAAACCCACGGCUUUAACGAAGCGCUCAGCGAGCGGAUCUCACUGCGCAGGGAGCUGCCUGAGGUACGACACCCGUUGUGCCUACAGCAAGAAUAUGACUCCAUUCUGCCUACUGCUAGUGUCAUCAUCUGUUUCCAUGACGAAGCCUGGUCUACUCUGCUGCGAACCGUGCACAGCAUUAUGGACACAGCCCCAAAGGCUUCCCUCAAGGAUAUCAUCCUAGUCGAUGAUCUCAGCCAGCAAGGGCCCCUGAAGUCAGCUCUGAGUGAAUACAUCUCUAAACUGGAUGGUGUGAAACUCAUCCGGAGCAACAAGAGGCUUGGAGUCAUCCGAGGUCGGAUGCUAGGAGCUGCACGGGCAACUGGGGACGUGCUCAUCUUCAUGGAUUCGCACUGCGAGUGUCAGAAGGGCUGGCUGGAACCCCUCCUAGCCAGGCUGUCCAGCAACCGAAACAGUGUCAUCUCCCCUGUCAUAGAUGUCAUAGACUGGAAGACUUUUCAGUACUAUCACUCUGUGGGCCUGCAUCGAGGUGUUUUUGAUUGGAAACUAGACUUUCAUUGGGAACCAGUGCCAGAGCGUGAAGAGAAGGUACGACAGUCUUCCAUCAGCCCUAUCAGGAGUCCUGUGGUAGCUGGUGCAGUGGUGGCCGUGGAUCGACAUUACUUCCAAAACACUGGAGCUUACGAUUCUGACAUGACCGUGUGGGGAGCAGAAAAUCUGGAGCUAUCUAUAAGGACCUGGCUCUGUGGUGGCUCUGUAGAAAUUAUUCCAUGCUCCCGAGUUGGGCAUGUCUAUCGAAAUCACUUUCCCCGUGCUUUCUCCUAUGAAGAGGCCAUUGUGAGGAACAAAAUCCGAAUAGCAGAGACCUGGCUGGGCUCUUUUAAAGAGAACUUCUACAAGCACGACACAUUGGCUUUCUUAAUUAGCAAGGCAGAGAAGCCAGACUGCAGUGAGCGCCUUCAGCUGCAGAAGAGACUGGGCUGUAGAGAUUUCCAUUGGUUUAUAUCAAAUGUGUACCCUGAGCUCUCCCAACCUGAAGACACACCAAGAUUCUCAGGCAAGCUUUACAAUACUGGUGUUGGCUUCUGUGCGGAUUACAAACCUGGAAGGGCCACUGCAGAAGGCUCUAUCGAACUCUCCCCUUGCAGUGACAGUCUCACCCAGCACUUUGAAUAUAACAGCAUGAAGGAAAUCCGGCUUGGUUCUGCUCCGCUGUUUUGCUUUGAUGUCAGACACGGGAAGGUUAUCCCUCAAAACUGUACAAAGGAGACAGACAACAGCCACCAGCGCUGGGAUGUCCAGGAGAAUGGAAUGAUUGUCCAUGUCCUUUCUGGCAAAUGCAUAGAGGCAACGAAGAGUGAAGAUGAGAAGGACUUGGUUUUGCGUGUAUGUGACAAGAAUGCAAAUCAGGUGUGGCAAUUCGAACGUUCCCAUGUGCUACGUCAGAGAUGACUGACUGGUCUCUGUGGAGGUCAAGUCUCCAAAAUUUAACUUUACUUCUGUUUGGGAUUUAAGAUACAUUUCCUGCAUGGACAAGAAAGAUGUUUGUGUUUGCUGUAGCAUGCAGGUAAAUUAGGAAGAUCUCUCCUUUGAAAGCCUGGCUCAAAUAGCUGCCGCCAGUUCCUGGUUUGUUCAGCUCUAGCUAAAAUUUCUAUUUAUUCUGUGAAGCAGGGAAUAAAGAUACUGUGAGAUUUGCAACUCUGCUGUUGCAGAAGACAUUUAAGUCUGCCCUUUGAAGGAAACAUGGAAAAUUGGCUGCCAGACAGGUUGUCUUUAGCAUAUUCUGUGACUUCUGAAGAUACAGGAAAACAAAUCUUUGUGAAACUUUUGAAACUGUAAGAGGAAGCCAACCGAACCAGGAUAAGAGUUCAGCCUUGUUUUACACUGCACUCAACUCCUGUGAAACAAAAGUAGGUUUUGUAUGCAUAAAAGUAGUAGAUAUUUUCACGUUAAUAGCUAAAAUUUUGUUUUCCAACUGGCCUGAGCCAAAUUUCUACUCUCUAGGAGAUUGCACAGGGCAGAAAUUAGCACUUAAUUAGGCACUAACUGUUCUAAUUGAUUUGGAAUACCAACAGUCCUCAGUGUUUGGCACACCCUUCCUUAAAUCCUUCAUCCACUGUCUAAUUUGGAUGAGAAAAUGAGACUGAAUUAUUAAGAACUUUUUUAUAGUUUUAAUGAAAGUUAAGAACAACUCUUCAGGAAAUUUUUGUGGAAUAUGGAAGAAGAUUGAACUAAAUUAGAGAGAAGAGUAACAACUUCUUAUUUUGAAAUAGAAAGUAUCAGUGGCAUCCGUUUGCUCUUAUAAAGCUAUGGGAUGAGCUCAUUAUUAUUCCAGUGACAAAAUGUUGGCUGAAAAGAGCAAAUGAAGGGAAAUUACAGGUGGGUACCUAGAAGGAAAAUACUGAUGCCUGCUUCCACUUGCUUGCUGCCUACUGCACUGAGUAAGUCUUUCACACUGUCAGUUUUAGCCAAGAUCUUUUGGAUUCUUGCUGUUGCGGGUCUCCAAGGUGAUCCGCAGAAGACGGUAACAUACAAAAUUUUCUAAACAAGCUUCUUCUGCAGAGCCUGCAUGCCAGCUGACCUCCUGUCUUUCACAGAAGUGAGUGAGAGUUCAUGCUAGGUAAGGAGAAUGGUCUCAUACAGUAUGCAUUAGCAAAGCAAACUUCUAUCAGUAUUUUGUUAGGACGCUUUCAAUUUUGGAAUGAAAACAAAUAACAAUGACACUUUUCAAGAGCCUGCUAAGACAGAAGAACAAAGAUUUGGGAGUUUUCCCACAUCAGCACCAUAUCUGAUUUAUACUAUAAAUCACUCAUAGCCACAUGUAUUUAUUAAAGGGGAAGGGCGUCAUUAAUGAAACAUAAUUUGUUAUUCAUAUUUUUUUCAAGAGAUAGAAAAUUGUGGUUUGUUUGUUUUGUUUUGUUUUUUUAAAAUGUAAAGCACAUUGUUAAUGUUCCUUUAGACAAAAGAAGGAAUAACAGAAUAUUCUCCUCAGAGCAUUCCAGUCACCUGCUUUUAGUAAAUCAUAAUUAAUUGGUUUCAAGCAUAUAAAAUUGGAUACAACAGAAGACACAAACAGCAUUCUGUGUUGUGUUGUCCAAAACAUUUCCCAGUGGGGUCUUUGUUUGCUUUGAGUGUUUACAGAUUCCACACCAUUUUCAGGCAUCGCUCCAAUCAGCCUAAUUACCACUUACUCUUUCUUUGAUAACAUCAGAAUCUAAUACCAUUUGCUGCUGUGUCAUUUAAAAUUUCCUGUGACAUUCUUGAAAAUGCUUCAACUUUCAGCUGAGAGGAUGGUACCAACUUCUUCCAGAACACCAAGUGAUCUCUGAUCAUUGCCCAAAUCUAGGGUGAGAAAAGAGAAUUUCUAAAAUUACAUAAAAGCUGAGUGAAAUGCUCUUUUAGUGACUUGUGAUUCCUUUAUUUUAAAUUAUAAGUAUGCCAGAUUUUUUAAUUAUGUAUUAUUUAUUAUAUUUUGGACUCUACACUGGGAAUAUAAUUCCUUCAGCAUUUAGAUUAAUGUUAAAAAUGUGUGUACAAAUAUGAUAAUUAAUCACAAGUGGGAUUUAUCACAAAGAAGAAUGAGAAUAUUUUGGUUUAGAGAGGAAAUGUUUGGAAUUAAGAGAUGUGGACAUCCUCAUCUUAUACUGCUUUUUAAAACAAUGAUAAAAACCUAGAAAAUAAGGUUUGCUGUAGAAAUAUGUAAAAUGGAAAAAUAUGUUAUGUAAUACCCCUUCCAACAAUAAAGUGAAAAUAUAUGGUUUGGUACCAUUUAAAAAAUAAAUGUUAUUAUACUUGUUGCUUUUA